AUGGCUCCCGUUUCGAUUGCAGAUAUCGUCGCAUCUCUCCCUUCGGAGGACUCUUGGGGCCCUCCUGUGACGACUGAAACGACUCUCGAUGGUGUUCCUUACGCGCCCUUCUCAAAAGGCGAUAAGCUAGGCCGGAUGGCAGAUUGGGCUUCAGAAGGGAAGGACGGAAGAGAUGGGCGUGGUGGUAGACAGGCAUAUAACCGUAUCUACAGAGAUCAACAAGUGUAUGGUGCUGGGACGUCAAGUUUAUUCUCCGUGCAGGUGGCCGAAGAUGAGUCUUCCUUCUCCGUCGUCGAUAAUACGAGAUCUUCUACGAAGACUCGUGGAUUUGGCCGCGGCGGGGGCACAGUCUUCCGUGGCCGUGGCCAACGAGGUGGCCCGGGGCAACGCGGCCGUGGUGGCUUCCAAAGAGUGGGUGCGGGACGGGGCGGUCAGCCUGGAGGUGAUCGAUACUAUGACAACCGUGGUGGCCGAGGUGGUCGGGGCCGCCGAUUUGGGUGGAGAGACUACGACAAACCACAGCGUAACCGUGACAGUUCGGUUCACAUCCGCACUGAGUGGAACAUGCGGGAGGAGAUUGACUUCACGAGACUUGCGAAACUCAACCUCGAGACUCCCGAUGGCGAGGAUAUUGACAAUUAUGGAUUUCUAUACUACUAUGAUCGCACAUACGAUAAGCCUCCCGUGAGAAACACGGAACGGAAAUUACAGUCCCUUGAUCGUGCUGCGUACAAUGUCACCACAACCGCUGACCCAAUUAUCCAAGAACUGGCCGAAAAAGAUGAGGCCACCGUCUUUGCAACGGCUGAUAUCCUUUCCAUGCUUAUGUGCGCUCCUCGCAGCGUGUAUUCUUGGGAUAUCGUUAUCAUCCAACAAGGCAACAAGAUUUACUUCGAUAAACGCGACAACGCUUCCAUCGACUUGGUAACUGUCAACGAGAACGCUCAAGAUGCUCCCCUUGAAGCCUCAGAGGCCGGAGGAGCCAAGCAAGAUUCCAUCAACACCCCCGGUGCCCUCGCCAUCGAGGCCACCGUCAUCAACCACAAUUUCGCUCUCCAGACUGUAAUUGAAUCCGAGACCUCCAAGGCCGACUUCGCCCACCCUAACCCAUUCUACAACCCCUCUGAAGAGACCGAGCCCCUCGCAUCCAAGGCCUACAAGUACCGCCGCUUCGACCUCUCACUUGAGAAGGAUGAGGAGCAGCUCCAACUAAUCGUGCGCACCGAAGUCGACGCCGUCGUGAAAAACAACAUUAGCGGCGAUGACCAAUACCUGACCAUCAAGGCCCUGAACGAAUUCGACCACAAAUCCCAAGGCGCCGGCGGCGCGCUCGACUGGCGCACAAAGCUGGUCUCCCAGCGCGGCGCCGUCGUCGCCACCGAGAUGAAGAACAACAGCUGCAAGCUUGCCCGAUGGGCGACGCAGGCCAUCCUCGCCAAAGCCGACAUGAUGAAGCUCGGCUUCGUGUCGCGCGCCAAUCCGAAAUCAGCGUCUGCGCACAUCAUCCUGGGCGUCGUGGGCUACAAGCCGCGCGAGUUUGCGGCGCAGAUGAACUUGAACCUGUCGAACGGGUGGGGUAUUGUGCGGACGAUUGUGGACUUGGUUCGAGGGCUGGAGCACGACGAUGGUGAAGACGGCGGUGACGGCGACGUGCGCAAGUUUGUGCUUGUGAAAGAUCCGAAUAAGCCUGUUAUUCGACUUUAUCAGGUUCCGGUGAAUACGUUCGAUGAGGAUGAGGAUGCUGGGGUUGAGACGGUGAAGGAGGAGAAGGAGUCAGAUGAGGAUGAGGAGUAA